AUGCACAAAGAGAAGGAGGAGUUGCACCGUCGGGACCACGCGCACUACGACCACAUCAUGCCGGACGGCGAAAUGUUCUUACAGGCACUCAACGGUUUCCUGAUGAUCCUCACUUGCGAGGGGGAGGUGUUCUUCGCGACGCACAGCAUCGAGAGCUACCUAGGCUUCCACCAGUCAGACAUAGUCCACCAAUCAGUCUACGAGUUAGUCCACUCCGAAGAUAGAGAAGAACUUCAGAGACAGUUGCUAUGGAACUCCUUUCUACCACCAGAAGCGAAUAGUCUCACACUUCAAGACGUUCUAAGGCAAGAGCGAGCGCACCUAUUAGAAAGAAGUUUCACAGUCAGAUUUAGAUGUUUAUUAGACAACACAUCUGGAUUUUUGAGGUUAGACAUAAGAGGCCGGAUUAAAGUUCUCCACGGGCAGAAUAAGAAAACAGAAGAACCACCAUUAGCUUUGUUUGCAAUCUGCGCGCCGUUUGGGCCCCCCAGCCUGCUGGAGAUACCACAGAAAGAGGUCAUGUUCAAGAGUAAACACAAGUUGGAUUUAUCACUAGUCUCUAUGGACCAAAGGGGUAAAAUGCUUCUCGGGUACACGGAUGCAGAGCUUGCGAACAUGGGUGGUUAUGAUCUUGUACAUUACGAUGAUCUAGCGUACGUUGCCAGCGCUCACCAAGAAUUAUUAAAAACCGGUGCAUCAGGGAUGAUCGCGUACCGCUUCCAGACGAAGGACGGGCAAUGGCAGUGGCUACAAACUUCCUCGCGUCUCGUCUACAAGAACUCCAAGCCGGACUUCGUCAUCAGCACCCAUAGACCCCUCAUGGAAGAAGAAGGCAGGGAUCUGCUCGGAAAGCGGACGAUGGACUUCAAAGUCAGCUACUUAGACACCGGACUCACUAGCCUUUACUUCUCCGAAACAGAACAGCUAUCGGGUUGCGAGUCCAACGUCUCAACACCACCCCGCGCGGCGAGAAGAUACAAGACGCAAUUGCGGGACUUUUUAUCCACUUGCAGAAAUAAAAGACGAGUGCCCCCUACUCCAGCACCGCCUCCAGUGGACUAUUUAGCCGCUGACGCGGUCGCAGCGGCGUAUACCAACCUAAACGGAGCUUAUACAGCUCCAUACGGGGAAUACCCGCCAGCUCCAGCCUUACAUUACGCUCCACCGCCCAUAGACGAUAGAUUCCUCGCAGCAGACAACCUCUUCCACCAAUACAAACCUCUGUCUUACCAUUACACCCCCUACGCGCCUAAUGGCUUCCUCGAGCCAGCACCGCCCCCUGGUUACGAAGUCCCGCCGACGUAUCAUCGACCUCCAUCGCGGGAGUACACGUAUGUCGACAGUAGUGGAAGGUACAUGAGCCCUGUGACCGGGGAGAGGAGGUCUCCCAGUGUGGUGCCCGGACCGAGUCCUGGCGGGUCAAGCGGGUCCACUGAACAGGAGAGGAUGCAGCAAACCCAAACUUCAGAGAUGCCAAGACAGACGGUCCUGAUGUGGGGCGCUGGUGGAACCGCUCAAGAAGUCCCAGUGGAGUACUCACCACCGCAGUGACUCGUCGUUGGCA